CCUCUAAUGAAUGACGACAACCCGACAAGACCUUUCGAGUCCGUCUCAGCCGACUUCUUUGUUGUUGCAGGGAAGUCUUUCCUCGUCGUCGUCGAUCGCCUGUCAGGAUGGCCUGUUGUCGCACCCUGCCAAGGCGAUACUACCGCUUCCAAUACUAUCAGGAUCUUCCGCCGCUAUUUCCAUGAAGUUGGUGUCCCCCUUCGCCUAAGGACAGAUGGAGGCCCCCAAUUCACCAGUGCAGAGUUCAAGGAUUUUAUGAAGCGAUGGGGAGUUCGACACAUGGUAACCUCACCCCACUACCCACAAUCGAAUGGUCACGCUGAAGCCGCUGUGAAGUCGAUCAAGCACCUCAUCCUCAAAACAGCCCCAUCUGGCAACAUUGAUUGUGAAGCAUUUGACCGAGGCUUAUUGGAGCUCAGAAAUACUCCUAACUUUACUGGAUGCUCUCCUGCCCAGAUCCUGUAUGGCUGUCCUCUCAGGUCAUGUAUCCCUGCCCACCCUCAAGCAUUCUCCAAGGAGUGGCAGGUCAAGACUGAAGAUUGUGACCGCCGUGCUGCCGCUCGUUACAAGCAGGUAGAGACCAAGUAUGACAAGCAUGCCCACCCCUUACCCACGUUGAGUGUCGGUCAGCAAGUUCGGAUUCAAGACCCGACCUCUCAUCGUUGGGACAAAGUUGGCACUGUCAUGGGUCAUGGAAGGUCAAGAGACUAUCAAAUUCGUCUCCCUAGUGGUCGUGUGUGGUGGCGUAAUUGUCGUUUUCUUUGCCUGGUGCCACCCACUAAUAGUGACCCCUUUCUCCCUGUCCCUGUGGCCCCUAGCCAGGACCUAGAAAGAGAGUCCUUAGUCAGUAUUCCUCCAGUAAACCCACGUCGUUCCAAAGACUCAUGGAAAAGGAGUCCGCUCGAGAAUGCACUACGAGCGUGAGGGGGAGGGAGGUGUAGGUACAUGAAAAAGACGCAUUUCACAUGUACCAGUAUUAUUAUGUUAUUAUUAUGUUCAAACAUUAUUUCACAUGUUGCGCGCCAUUAGAGUAUCCCAUGUUAAGUCCAGUAAUAUGAUAUGGCAACAUUUAAGUAUUGGCAACAUUGUAAUUAUUGCCCUCGUGAGGCAGUCUCGUCUCGUCUGUCUGUUUGUUAAGCUGGCUGCUGUUUGUCCCCUGGAUCUUGUAUAUAUUUCUACAAUAGACAUUUAGAACCUACAUUUAAGUUGUGUCCUUGCCCCUCCACUUAAGG